AUGGCUAUGAACAGCGCUACACUCCAACAAGCUGUCUCCAACUGCAUGGGGACUGCAUUCUGGACUCUUUCUGCUGAUACUGACAGGGAAGUAAAUGAAGGGUGCACACCUGAUUCUGAAGGUCGAGACUCCACCCUCACAACAUGUGCACCUGAAUCUCGAGGCUCCUCCCUCACAACAUGUGCACCUGAAGCUCGAGACUCCUCCCUCACAACAUGUGCACCUGAAGCUCGAGACUCCUCCCACACAAUAUGUACACCUGAAGCUCCAGACUCCUCCCUCACAACAUUUGCACCUGAAGCUCGAGACUCCUCCCUCACAACAUGUGCACCUGAAGCUCGAGACUCCACCCUCACAACAUGUACACCUGAAGCUCGAGACUCCACCAACACAAUAUGUACACUUGAAGCUCCAGACUCCUCCCUCACAACAUGUGCACCUGAAGCUCGAGACUCCUCCCUCACAACAUGUGCACCUGAAGCUCGAGACUCCACCAACACAAUAUGUACACCUGAAGCUCAAGAUUCCACCUUCACAACAUGUACAGCUGAAGGUCGAGACUCCACCCUCACAACAUGUGCACCUGAAGCUCGAGACUCCUCCCUCACAACAUGUGCACCUGAAUCUCGAGACUCCUCCCUCACAACAUGUGCACCUCAAGCUCGAGACUCCUCCCUCACAACAUGUGCACCUGAAGCUCGAGACUCCAACACACAAUAUGUACACCUGAAGCUCCAGACUCCUCCCUCACAACAUGUGCACCUGAAGCUCGAGACUCCUCCCUCACAACAUGUGCACCUGAAGCUCGAGACUCCUCCCUCACAACAUGUGCACCUGAAGCUCAAGAUUCCACCUUCACAACAUGUACACCUGAAGGUCGAGACUCCACCCUCACAACAUGUGCACCUAAAGCUCGAGACUCCUCCCUCACAACAUGUGCACCUGAAGCUCGAGACUCUUCCCUCACAACAUGUACACCUGAAGCUCGAGACUCCUCCCACACAACAUGUGCACCUGAAUCUCGAGACUCCUCCCUCACAACAUGUGCACCUGAAGCUCGAGACUCCACCCUCACAACAUGUGCACCUGAAGCUCGAGACUCCACCCACACAACAUCUCGAGACUCCUCCCACACCUGAACAUCGAGACUCCUCCCUCACAACAUUUGCACCUGAAGCUCGAGGCUCAACCCACACAAUAUGUACACCUGAAGCUCCAGACUCCUCCCUCACAACAUGUGCACCUGAAGCUCGAGACUCCUCCCUCACAACAUGUGCACCUGAAGCUCGAGACUCCUCCCUCACAACAUGUGCACCUGAAGCUCAAGAUUCCACCUUCACAACAUGUACACCUGAAGGUCGAGACUCCACCCUCACAACAUGUGCACCUAAAGCUCGAGACUCCUCCCUCACAACAUGUGCACCUGAAGCUCGAGACUCUUCCCUCACAACAUGUACACCUGAAGCUCGAGACUCCUCCCACACAACAUGUGCACCUGAAUCUCGAGACUCCUCCCUCACUACAUGUGCACCUGAAGCUCGAGACUCCACCCUCACAACAUGUGCACCUGAAGCUCGAGACUCCACCCACACAACAUCUCGAGACUCCUCCCUCACAACAUGUGCACCUGAAGCUCGAGACUCCACCCUCACAACAUGUACACCUGAAGCUCCAGACUCCACCAACACAAUAUGUACACCUGAAGCUCGAGACUCCUCCCUCACAACAUGUGCACCUGAAGCUCGAGACUCCUCCCUCACAACAUGUGCACCUGAAGCUCGAGACUCCACCCUCACAACAUGUACACCUGAAGCUCGAGACUCCACCAACACAAUAUGUACACCUGAAGCUCGAGACUCCUACCUCACAACAUGUGCACCUGAAGCUCGAGACUCCUCCCUCACAACAUGUGCACCUGAAGCUCGAGACUCCUCCCUCACAACAUGUGCACCUGAAGCUCAAGAUUCCACCUUCACAACAUGUACAGCUGAAGGUCGAGACUCCUCCCUCACAACAUGUGCACCUGAAUCUCGAGACUCCUCCCUCACAACAUGUGCACCUGAAGCUCGAGACUCCUCCCUCACAACAUGUGCACCUGAAGCUCGAGACUCCACCCACACAAUAUGUACACCUGAAGCUCCAGACUCCUCCCUCACAACAUGUGCACCUGAAGCUCGAGACUCCUCCCUCACAACAUGUGCACCUGAAGCUCGAGACUCCACCCACACAAUAUGUACACCUGAAGCUCCAGACUCCUCCCUCACAACAUGUGCACCUGAAGCUCGAGACUCCUCCCUCACAACAUGUGCACCUGAAGCUCGAGACUCCUCCCUCACAACAUGUGCACCUGAAGCUCGAGACUCCACCCUCACAACAUUUGCACCUGAAGCUCGAGACUCCACCAACACAAUAUGUACACCUGAAGCUCGAGACUCCUCCCACACAACAUGUACAACUGAAGUCGAGACUCCACCCCCACAACAUGGGCACCUAAAGCUCGAGACUCCUCCCUCACAACAUGUGCACCUGAAGGUCGAGACUCCUCCCUCACAACAUGUACACCUGAAGCUCGAGACUCCUCCCACACAACAUGUGCACCUGAAUCUCGAGACUCCUCCCUCAAAACAUGCACACCUGAAGCUCGAGACUCCUCCCUCACAACAUGUACACCUGAAUCUCGAGACUCCACCCUCACAACAUGUGCACCUGAAGCUCGAGUCUCCUCCCUCACAACAUGUGCACCUGAAGCUCAAGAUUCCACCCUCACAACAUGUGCACCUGAAGCUCGAGACUCCUCCCUCACAACAUGUGCACCUGAAUCUCGAGACUGCUCCCUCACAACAUGUGCACCUGAAGCUCGAGACUCCUCCCACACCUGAAGCUCGAGACUCCUCCCUCACAACAUUUGCACCUGAAGCUCGAGACUCCUCCCUCACAACAUGUGCACCUGAAGCUCGAGACUCCACCCUCACAACAUGUACACCUGAAGCUCGAGACUCCACCAACACAAUAUGUACACCUGAAGCUCCAGACUCCUCCCUCACAACAUGUGCACCUGAAGCUCGAGACUCCUCCCUCACAACAUGUACAGCUGAAGGUCGAGACUCCUCCCUCACAACAUGUGCACCUGAAGCUCGAGGUUCCUCCCUCACAACAUGUGCACCUGAAGCUCAAGAUUCCACCUUCACAACAUGUACAGCUGAAGGUCGAGACUCCUCCCUCACAACAUGUGCACCUGAAUCUCGAGACUCCUCCCUCACAACAUGUGCACCUGAAGCUCGAGACUCCUCCCUCACAACAUGUGCACCUGAAGCUCGAGACUCCACCCUCACAACAUGUGCACCUGAAGCUCGAGACUCCACCCACACAACAUCUCGAGACUCCUCCCUCACAACAUGUGCACCUGAAUCUCGAGACUCCUCCCUCACAACAUGUGCACCUGAAGCUCGAGACUCCACCCUCACAACAUGUACACCUGAAGGUUACGACUCCUCCCUCACAACAUGUACACCUGAAUCUCGAGACUCCUCCCUCACAACAUCUCGAGACCCUACCCUCACACAUCCUGUACACCUGAAGCUCGAGACUCCACCCUCACAACAUAUACACCUGAAUCUCGGGACUCCACCCUCACAACAUGUACACCUGAAGCUUGAGACUCCUCCCAUUCAGCAUGUACACCUGAAGCUCGAGAUUGCACCCUCACAACAUGUACACCUGAAGCUCGAAACUCCACCCUCACAACAU